AUGGAUCCGCUGUCUAUCGCUAGCUCGGUGGUGGGAUUAACUGCGACAUGCCUUUCAACCUGCAAAAAGCUCCACGAUCUCGCCGGAGAAUAUCAAGAUGCUCCCGCCAUCAUCGCCACGAUAUGUUCUCAGUCAACGAUAAUUAGCAUCGGCUUAUCUGAACUUCAGAUGAAGAUUCUGCGAAGAGACGACCUUGCGCAAGCAUGGGCAUCUAAAACACAAAUCUGGACGGCUUUUGAAACAGCUUUGACUGCAUGCAUGGUUGUUUUCAGCUGCCUUGAGGCAGAAACGAAAAGCCUUAUAUUAAAGAACCCAGGAUUUUGGGGCAAGAUCAGAUUUAUCUGGAACCAGGAGCGCCUAAAAGAACUUUUGGGUGCUCUCAGAGAGCAACAGUCAUCUAUAACCUUUCUCUUGAACCUCCUUGAGCUUGAGACUCUAUCCAGUAUCCAGAAGGACAUUCUGAAGAACGCACCGAAGAUACAGUCAACUGCCUCAAAAGCCCAGUCCCUGCGAUCUUGUAACCCGAGCGUCAAGAUGGAGUCUGGGUCAAUUUUCGAUAAAGGCUCUGCCAAUCUCAGUUUCUUUCAUCCCGAGGCCGUUUCCGGUCAUGCGCCCUCAGAGCUCGAUUUUGAGUUCGACAAUCUCGUUAUAAACAGCCAGGCAUAUAGACGUGCCUUUAUUAAAGCUCGGUCUGAGAGUCAGCCCCCUCAAGUUGAAGAUAUGGAUUCUGAUAUAGGAACGGUUAAAGAGCUGGAUACACCUGCAAUGCAACCCUCGAAAACUGCCACCUCCAUUGUGAGUCUCUCGCGAGAGAAGACAAUUUCAUACGCAAAGGAUCUAGUACGGCCAUCAGUCCGGAAUCAAGAUUCCGAAAACUGGACAGACUUGCAAAUAAUCCGACCUGUUCUGCUCUGUGACGUGGCUACUUGCUAUGGCUGUCUCCGGAGUAUCACAAAGGAUCACUUGCGAGCAUUGGGGGGGGCAUGGCAUGUCGGUUGUUUCAGAUGCUACGACUGUGGAGUCUCUCUCAAAACUGGCUAUCAUCUAUCACAAGAGGAAACCGGCAUCCAACCAAAACCACUAUGUAAGGACGAUUACAAUCGGCGACAGGAUACUCAGUGCUUCAAGUGCCAGCAGCCCAUCAUAGGUGACUUCGUAACAGUCCUUGGUCGUCGAUAUCAUCCAACUCACUUCACGUGUGAUCGAUGCGAAAUAAUUUUCACGGAGGAAAGCGAAUAUCAUGAACACAACGGUGGGAUUUACUGCAUGCUACACCUUGAUCGAGAAGCUGCGUAUUACUGCCAUGCCUGCAAGUUUCCAAUCAUGGAAAAAUAUAUUGAAAAAGACGGCGAAAUAGCCAAAUGGCAUACCUUCUGUUUCGAACUGUCUUCCUGGGGGCUGGAACUCCCAGUGUCUGCCAAUGGCCACCGAUAUCUCGCCUCUAUCCAGGAUCACACCAUAGGCGGCUUGAGCAAAUUUUAUCCGCGUUUGCACGAUACUCGUGCCAAUAUGAUUUAUGCCAGUGGAUCAAGCUAUAUGAAGAAAUUUAGAGACUCGUUUACAAAGUAUUUCAGUCUGACGAGAGGAGGCCCUAGGGCAGAGACCUAUGCAGCCUUCAAAGUCAUACUUGCCAUGCUGUCCUGUCUUUUGAAAGCCGCUGCAAAGGCCACAACCAAUCGUGCUGGCGAAUAUGCAAUUACGAGAUUUUGCUUUCAUCCGUUGCAAUACUUUGUGCGUAAGGAACAGCGUUUAAAGGCAUCUCCCGAGGACGUGGGACGAUCCGUAACAGAUCUGCUCCCGCCCUUGCUAAGAAUCCCCAGCUCGAUGAAUUUAUCAAAAGCCUGGGGGUAUCACAUUCUUUCCAACUGGAAGACUGCUACAGACAGUUGGAUCCUGACGCUGUCAGAGAACGCUGGAGAUGCGCCAAGUGUGCUGAUCUCAUCACGGGACAUGGUUUUACUGAACGUUCGUCGCCGUAUCGCAAACUACAUGCGGGCUGUUACUCAAAGAUUGCUUGUGAGCAUGAAACACCGGAAGGUGGUGUAUUUGAUAACGCCUUGGAGUGCGAGGAUUGCAACUGGAAAAGGAACCUUGAUAGUAUUCCUUAUGAUGAUUGCGCGUUGCAUAAAGUAUGGCAACUAUGGUAUUAUUGGUAUGUGCGACCAGAUGAAAGAGGCUGAGUUGGAAGUUGGCGAUGUUGUGCGCUGCGAGAGCCGAAUAUCUGGUCUCUUUGAUGGUACGAUUAGAUAUCAGUCUGAUCAUGACACGGCUCCGGCGAACAGAAUCAAGUUCAAGUAA